AUGACUAAAACAGUAACUGUAGCACUAGUGUUAUGUUUAAAUGUUGGAACAGAACCUCCAAAUACUCCAAAAACUGCAAGUAAUGUAAGAAAAAUAUCUGGUUAUGAAAUUAUAUCAGGUACAGGAAAUUCUAAAUUAUCACAAAAAAUUGCUAAUACACUUCAAAAAAAUUUUGAAAGGCUGCAACCAAGAGCAAGAUAUCGUUUAAUAUGUGAUUCAACAACAGAGGAUGUCCGCAAACUACUGAUAGGAAUCAGAAGGAGUGCUAGAGAUGACCGUGUAUUAAUGUAUUUUAAUGGUUUUGGUGUUCCACCACCAACUGAAAAUGGAGAAAUUUGGGUUUUUGAUAAAAAUAUUACAAAAUACAUUCCAUUAAAUAUACUAGAUCUUAUGGCAUGGAUGAAUGGUCCUAGUGUUUAUAUAUGGGAUAUGCAUAUGGCUGGAAGAGUACCUGAUGGAAUGACAAAUUUUUCAUCAUCUAAUUUAAAAGAAUAUUUACAGGAAAGAAAAAAACAGCAUGAAAGAAAAAUGCAACAAGAACGUGAACAUCCAACUGGUUACCAUGAUGAUUUUAGUAAUUUAAGUAUAAAUGAACAAAUUAAAGCUUUUGAAAAAUGGAAAAAUGAAUCUAUUCAUUUUGCUGCAUGUGGUAAAGAAGAAUAUUUACCUGUUUAUGAUGAAGUUUGGACAGAUAUAUUUACUCAAUGUCUUACCUAUCCUGUACAAACAUCUUUAUUCGUUCACCUUUUUCAUCACCCAGAAUUGAGAGAACGAUAUGGAAUGGGAUUAAUUGAGGUUAUACCAGGAGAUUUAAACAAUAGAAAAACAUUGUUAGGUGAAUUAAAUUGGGUGUUUACAGCAAUUACCGAUACAAUUGCAUACACAGCUUUUUCCAAAGAAAUUUUUUCUAAAUAUUUUAGGACAGAUCUUUUAGUAGCUUCAUUAUUUAGAAGCUUUUUAUUGGCAAGUAGGGUAAUGGAAUCCUUUCAUUGUACAGCAAUUUCUGUACCUAGCCUUCCAAAUACUUCAAGACAUGAAUUAUGGCGUGCUUGGGAUCAUGCACUUGAUAUGUGUUUAAUGAAAUUAAAUGAAAGUAAACAACAACAUGGAUUUCAAUAUUGGAAACAUGGACCAGGGCAAGAAAUUUUUACAAGUACACAUAUGAAACAUGACAUUCUUGUAAAAUUAACUCCUGUUGAAAAAAAUUCUGAAUACGAGUAUCAAUUUUCAACAUUUUUUAUGGAACAAAUGACUGCAUUUGAAGUAUGGCUAAGAUAUAAUGAUAGUGAAAAUUUUGAACCACAACAACUUCCUGUCUUGUUACAAGUUUUAUUAUCCCAAGCACAUAGAGUUCGAGCUCUUGAAUUAUUAGCUCGUUUUUUGGAUGUUGGUGAGGAAGCAGUUAAAUCUGCACUAGUUGUUGGAUGUUUUCCAUAUGUUGUAAAAUUAUUACAAUGUAGUACACCAGAAUUAAAACCUUGGUUGGCGUUUAUUUGGGCUAAAAUAUUAGCUGUUUGCCCUGAGAAAGGAGAAGAAUUAUUGGUUGAGGCAAGAUUUCAAUAUUUUAUAGAUCUUUUAAAGGAUAAAUCAAUAUCAUUAAAUUUUAAAAUGGUUCUUGCUUUUGUUUUAUCUAAUUUAAUAAUGCAUGGAAAUGUUGUAUCAAAACAAUUAUUCAUAGAUAAUAAUUUCUUAUCAAUUUGUGUUGAAUUAUUUUCUCAUGAUGAUAUUUCUAAAGCAAACAUUUUAAAAUUAUGGCUUCUUAUCUCUCUUGGAAGAUUAUGGGCUGAUUAUAAUGAAGCUAGAUGGCAAGCUAUACGUGCAGUUGGAUAUGAUAAAGUAAUGGAUUUUUUAGAUGAUGAUAUGCCAGAAAUACGUGCUGCUGCUAUUUUUGCUCUUGGGUGUCUUAUUAAAAAUAAAUCUUUAAAUAAUGAACAUGCAACUGUUGUUGAUCAAGAUAUAUGUGUUAAAGUUUGUGAAAAAGGAACUUUUGAUGGAAGCGAAUUAGUUCGUUCUGAAUUAAUUGUUGCUGCUCAAUGGUUUAUAAUGGAUUUUGAAACUCAUUUUGUUAGCCUUUUUAGUAAUCUUUCAACAUCCGCAAACAAUAGAAGAUCUAGGAGUUCAAAUAGCUUUACUAAUGAAUCCGGUUUUUAUAAUAGUAGUUAUGGUGUUUCUCCAACAUCAUAUAUUCCUUCUUCAGCUGUAAGUUUACCUGAUGUUGAAAGAUCAUCCAAAGGAAAUAUGUUAAAACAAUUAUUAAACAGAAGUGCUUCAUUUUUAAAAUCAAAUGGAAGAAGUGAAUUAAGAACUAUUAAUGAAAAGAGUAGUAGAAAAGAAAGUUGUAGUUCAGUUAAUACUUUAGCAGAUGACUCAUCCGAAGAUUCUUCUAUUAAUAAUAAAAUAAGAGAAAGUCUUAAAUAUCAAGUUUUAGGUCAAAUUAGUGUACUAACUGAAAAUACUUUUAAUGAUCCAUAUGAAAGAAUUUGGCUUUCAAUGUUAAGGUUAACUUUAGAUCCCGUAAAAAAAAUUGAAAAUAUGGCACUUGAUAUAUUUACAUUUAUAAAACAAAAACAUGAAGAUGCAACAUUUUCCUCAAGAAGAAAAAUUAGCACAACAAGUGUUGAAUCAAGUUUGUAUGCCUUACAAACAAAUGGUUCUAAUAGACUUUCUACAAAUAGCAUAUUAUCAACAAGUUAUAGAGAUAAAUUGAUGCAAUCUAUGGGAUCUCAAAUUGAUCAAAAUGGUGACACAUUUAAUUCAAAAACUAAUGCAACAUUUGAAAUUGGAUCACCAGGAAAUGGCAUUUUACCAAAAAGAAUUCGCCAAAUCUCUCAAUGCUCCAAUCGUAGUGAGGCAGAGAAUGAAAAUUUAAGAGAAGAUGGUUGUUCAAAUUCUCCAGAUAGAUAUGAUUUUGAAAUUUCAUCUAGAGGAUCUUCAGUUUAUACACCAAAAAGAAAGAUGUUUGAGAAAGCAAAUACACUUUAUAAAGUUAAAGAAACAACAGAGGAAUCAUCAAAUAAUAUACAAAAACAAAUUGUUAGUACAAAUUUUAUUGAAAAAUGUACAAAUAAAUUUAAAGAACCAAUAUUAGAAAGUCUUAACAUGGGAUGGUAUGGAGAUGAAUCUUCCUCAGAUAGUGAUUCAGCUUCAUUGGAUAGAUCUAUUGAUAUACUAAAAAUUAUUUCUUCAAAGAAUGAUUCAACAACUACACCAAUAGCUAAUUUUGUAACACAACCAAUUGUUGAUUCUAGUAGGCCUACAGAUUGGGCCAGUCAAGCUUACAGAAGUUUAUUACAAACAGGAACAAAAGAUGCUUAUCAACUUAAAAAAGAAGGAGUUAAAUGUGAUAAGAUGAAAUUUUUCUUGAAUACUCAAAGGCGGAUACAUUGUUUGGCUUUCAGUACAAUAAGACCAUAUUUAUAUUGUUGUGAUGGUUCAUCUAUUCGUAUAAUAGAUUGGGAAAAACCAGUUGAUAAGACAACUUCAAUUAAUUCAAUAGAUUCAAGAACAGUUAAAAUUAUAAAUAAUAAAAAUGAUAUUUAUUCUUGUGCUGAUGUUUCAAAACUUAUGGUUAUUAAUAUAACAACUAGAGAAAUGGUUGUGUCUGGUACAAAUGAAGGAAUGUUUAAAGUUUUUGAUCCUGGUUAUGAUAGACAUUCAGCAAACUUUGAAUCAUUUAAAAAUACAUCUGGAGGUCCAAUUAUAAUUAAAGAUGGAAAUGUAUAUGAUCAAUCAUUUGAAGAGUAUCCUAAAAUGAUAACAGCAUCCUUUAUAUUUAAUGAACAGGAUAGAAUUGGUGGAAAUAAAAAGGACCAGGCUUCAUGCAAUACAACAUUUUAUGAAUGGGAUCAAAAUGAAGGGGUACUCAUAGCAACAGGAAAUGUUUCGUGCAUUCGUUUAUGGGAUAUGCAAACUGAAAAAACUAAACAAGAUAUCGAAUUUAAAUCUAGCAAAAUUCGACAUAUUUCAUGUAUGGCAUCUAAUCUCGAAAAUAAUUUUAUUGCUUGUGGAUCUCGUGAUGGUCUUAUACGAUUAUACGAUCCAAGAAUGCCAUAUUAUAAAGGGAAUCCUUGUGUUACAACAAUCAAAUCAGAUAUGUCUGCCAUAAUAGGAAUAUCCCUUGUACCAACAAAUUCUGGAAUACGUAUGGUAUCUGGUUGUCAAGAUGGUGAAAUAAAAGUAUAUGAUCCUAGAUGUUAUACAGAACCAUUAAUAGAAUAUGAUGUUUAUAAAGAUUAUAUCAAUUUUAAUAAUAAUUUUUCAACAACACAAAAAUCAAAUAUUAAUCCAAACAAAUUUUUUUCUCCUCCUUCAAAGUCUUUCAUUUCUCAAAAACUUUCUCUUAAAAAUUUAUUUGUUCAAACGUCUAAUGGUGUAAUUGGUUGUAUUACAGAUGCUGCUACAUGUCAUUUGUAUGAUGUAAAUGAAAAAUCAAUUAUAACAAACCUUCGACUACCAGAUACUUUGCGUAAAUCUGCUAAUAUGUAUGGUGAAUUCCAUUCAAAUAGAAUUUUAUACGCUUGUUAUGGUGGAACAGGUUACCUUACUUGCCAUAAUAUGUAA